AUGACGAGCGAUGCGGCUUUGGGUACUGCCUCCCGGAUGGUUGCCUCCUCAGGCAGUGCAAUAAGUCUGGGACAGUCCGUCUUGCACCGCAUAUUCUCCCAUCUUUCUCGAUCAGACAAACUCCAGGUAGCUCUCGUUUGCACUCACUGGUCACGUCCAGCCUUGGAACUCCUCUGGUCCUCAUUCACAUUCGUUCGUGAGCGAGAAUUCGAGCGCGUAUUUGCUAUCAUCGCCCGUCACAACACCCUCAGGCCAUACGCUACCUAUGUACGCUCUCUUCAACUCACUCACGCUGACCGUGAAUUCCAAGUCAGCCCAAACAUCAUCUUACUCAUAACCUCUCUCUGUUCAAAUCUUGAAUCAAUCGCCAUAUCUUUUCACCACAUUCGCCCAUCCGCUCCUGUCGCAUUUCCAGCACCUAAUCUACCUAACACCGCCAUCAGACCCAUACUUCCACCAAUCUUACGACCACACCACGACCAUCCAUCUUCAGCAUCACGUCACAGCCAUUCUUUACCACUUGCACAUUUUGCUCACAACUGCCCAAAACUGCGUUCUAUUCGAUUGGUGUCAUAUAGUCCAAAAACAGAUGAUUCGGUUUAUGAAAUGGCAAAAUAUCUCAAAUCAGGUACCCUCGAGACAGUAGUAUUUUCGGGAUGCACUACACUCCAGAGCUCAACCCUCUGUAAACUAGCCAUUACCAACCCACAAUUACGACACAUCGAAAUCGCCGGCGCCACUCCUGUCAGUGAUUCUGCCCUGGCCACGAUAGCAGAUCGCUGUGGAGCUACACUUGAACACCUCAGUAUCGGAAAUGCACACCACAUCAGUGACAAAUCUAUGCGAUAUGUAGCCCGGAGAUGUCGUGCUCUCAAACAGUUUUGCCUGUUUGAUAAUCCUGAUAGCGAACGACUCUCAGAAGAAUGCCUAGUUGAUGUCAUUAAGACCUGCCGCUCGCUUGAAGUCGUUUCAAUCAGUAACGCACGUGCGCUCGGGGCUCUCUUCUUUGAUACUGUCAUUGCCCGUGUCGAGCAUGAGCUGGCCUCCAUCGAUCACAAAAACAAAACACUGGUAGGUGGUGGUGGCUGUGGUGGUGGUGGUGGCCUUCAACGGCUCUGUCUCGGUAAUGUUAAGCGAGAUAUAAUUCAAAGUCCCGCGGUUUAUAAACUCAUCAAGAUGAGUGCAACCGAAGCAAAGCAGCACAAUGACGAUAGCGAAGACGACGACGACGGCGAAGACGACGACGACGAAAACGCAGAACUUUCCAACCAAAGCGCAUCUUCAAUAAUGAAUAGUCCUGCCGCAUUUAUGCCAAAAAUGACCGUCAUUCGAGGAAGUUCGAUAUGGUGGCAGAGGCGACGUCCACUGAGUAAACCUAAAACACGCUAG